AUGGAAUGCACUUCGCAUGUCGAAGAAAACGGUGAUCGUUUAUCUGCGCUCACGAUUGCAGAAGAAUCUAUAACAUCUUACGAAGACGGAAGACGACAAAUUGCAGAAAGCACAAAACUAUUAAAAAGAUGGAAGAAAAAUGAACAAGAAGCAUUAUGGGACAAUAUCGAUGAAGAUAUGCAUAGUUUUACUUUAGAUUUGAGCGCUGUUGAAGCAAAUAACUGUGACACAAGUGAUAACAUGAGUAAUCGUCAUUUUAUGGAUGAUAUUGCAGCCACAAGUAAUGAACCAUUACUUAUUGCAUCAAUCUUAAAAAUACUUUAUUUUCAUUUCAAUAUGUUAAAAGCAAAUGGCGAAACAAUUCCUUCCUCGCGAGGACCAUUUGUUUUACCACCAACAUCACCACACAAAUCAAAUUCGAAACGAAUCUCGAGCCAUUUGAUAAGAUCACCUCGCCAUUUGUCAUCGAUAUCACCUUUUUCACCACGCACGGAUAUGGUGGCUGAUAAUGAUUUUUUCCCUUCUGCUUAUUGCUCUGAUUCCUUACCGAUUUCAACACAGAGUAAAUCGGAAGUUUCGCCCAAUAACAGUUUCGAUUCAGAAUAUUUUAGCAUGGAUAGGCAAAGCAAUGAGGAGCUAAGAUUCAUGAAGAAAAUUUUCACAGAAUACAUCGCAAAUAGUUCAGAUAAUGAAUUAAGUGGAGGUGAAAGUGUCGCUUACGAUGGUAGUAGUACUUCUUCGAGUUUAAAUGAUUUGGAUGAAACACAAAAUUCAAUGAAUUCAACUUUCGAGCAUGACGAUUUGGAUGCCCAUAUAAUUGGAUUCGCUGAGGAAUACGGGUCAACAACCAUCGGUUUGAAGGCUUCUACCUCAUUUGAAUAUAAUGGCGAACAAGCACUUGACAAACCAUCGUUAACAACUAUACCCAGGCAAAAAAUCUUUUGCAUAUAAUUUUAUUUUCCUGCUGGCGAAUUAACCGAUAAUUAUAAAAAUAUUAGUGCUUUUCAUCGAGCAAAAUUAAUUUUUGAGCGCAAUGAGGGCAAGGUGAAAUUUAUGCAAAUGUAUUUGAUAUGUGCUGCAAUAAAUUUGCCUUUGUAUUGGAAACGACCAAUUUUCGAUAGUUGCUGUCCUGAUUCGAAUCAUGAAAUUUACGUGGACUCAUUUGAAAUAUGGUGGAGACGUUUGACAGCAGUAGCACACGAUGAAGCUGCUCGAUUCAUAUUCAUUUUGACUAAAGGAAAGGCUAACUAUCUAACGGCGAAUGAUUUUCGACCAGUGAUUAUGGAUUUGGUGCAAACAUUGCCCUCUCUGGAUUUUCUCUCAUCUUCUCCUGGUUUUCAUAAUGCCUAUAUAGAGACGGUGGUUUGCCGCAUUUUUUGGAAUGUAAAUCGUUCAUGGAGUGGCCAUAUUAGUGCGGCUGAACUAAGAAGAUCUAAUUUUCUUAGUAUGCUGAGAAAGUUAGAGCGAGUCGACAAUGUCAAUGACGUUACGGAUUAUUUCAGCUACAAUCAUUUUUAUGUAAUUUAUUACAAAUUUCUACAGCUAAGUGGCCCUAGCCAUCAAUUAACGAAAAAUGAAUUGUCAAAUUAUGCUGAAGGAGGUAAAAGUUCUCAAUUAGACAUUUGA